CAUUAUCAUCUCUCUGAACGGUGAUUCGAGCAUGAUCGGCGGAUUCCCAGAAGAAUGUUCGGAAAAAUUAUUCGGGUCGCUUGUUUCCCCACGAACGUCGCAGAUUAAUCUUUCUGCGAUUAUCGAAAACAGAACGUUUCUUCUUGUGUGCGGUUUCACAUUUCGCAAAAUUGUUUAUCCAACGCUGUGAUGCAAAUAGAUGACUGAUUCUCAUUGAAUUAGAGGACCUAUCGUAUUGACGCUAAUUAAAAUUCGUAGUAUCUCGAGACAAAUUUUGUGACAGAUAUUUAAAUUCGAAAUCUCGCUUUCUUGGGAGCCACAGCUUGAUACAAAUUUGGUCAAGGACAAACAAAUGAUUGUCUGACACACGAGUGUGUGUGUCUUACGAUAUCAACAGUUAUAUACGUUCAGUUCCAAUCAGUGCGUUGAAGGUGAAACAACUGCGAAUCGAAAAGAUGGAAAUUGAUGGGCCUAAAGGUUCUCUCAGACGAUUACGUUCCCGAUUGGCAGAGGAUGGUUGUCCAGAAUCCCAAGUGAUUUUGGCCAAGCAAUUGUUGGAAGAACGAUGUGAACUUGACGUCGACAAAGAAGAGAAUGCGAAAUUGAGCGUUUAUUGGCUAACAAAAGCUUCGGAACAAGGAAAUUUGGAGGCAACCGAUAUUCUUAGAAAGUGCCUGGCCACAGGCCGUGGUAUUACGGAACACAACUACUACGACGUGAAAAGUUGUCUGGACAUGACGCAGGAUGAGAAGUUGGCAAGAAGAGCAGCAAGAGAAAUGUUCAUGAGCUUGUCAAAUGGCGAGGACUUUAUCACCACAGGACAGCUGCAAAAACAUAUGAGGGAUUUGUCGUAUCCGUCAACUAGCAAAGCCGAUUGUUCUCGCACGAAUAACAGCAACUCCAGCAACUCGUCGCAAAAGAGACUGAACGACAGUAAUAACGAUGGCUUUCCCAAAAACGGACUUCCUGACGAAACUUCACCCAAGAAGAACGAAGAUCAAACAAACGAAAUUCACGAGUGGCCGGACCAAGGCGAGAAGAUCACCGAAGCUGCUCUGGUAUCCGCAGCUACGAGCUACGCGCGCGGAAUGCUUCCGGUAGUGUCGCAUGCUCUCUGCAUGGUGGAUCCGUCCGAGCUGACACUGGACACUGUACCGCUUUUGCAGAGACCGUUGAUUCAUCCGUUCGCGUCGCUGAAGCGUUUCUACAGUUGGCUCGUCGAGACUGUGAGUCGCAAAGGCGCGUCGAUCAAAAGGAUCCUCUUUACGUCGAAUCUACACAUUCUUCUUCUACUUUUGCUAUAUUCCUUACUUGGCACCGAGAGCCUGUUACUUUUUAUACCCAUAGCCCUCUACUAUCUGUCGUUUGUGGUUAUGGUAGUGGCCACUUUCCAAGUGCUUCAGCGGAAGCGUGAGUUCAACAAUUUCCGCAUGUGGUCGGGUUUGUUUUUGUGUUAUUCCGGCGGCAAUCUGAAUCCCGAGGAAGCGGAGUAUCAAUUCUGUCGCAACAACCUCAAACCUUAUGGACACUUUUUCCUCGCUCUUUUGCUAAAUCUAAUGAUCUAUCCUCUGAUAGCUCACCAAUGGACACCGCAGUCCGAAUUUACCGUGAUAGCGGUUGCGCUGACGCUCAUCACGCUCUACAACUUCAUAUGGAAGGACUCAUCGCGUUAUCCCGAUUUCCUGGCGCUCUUUAGCUUCGGCGUGCAUGUUCUCGCCAAGUAUCCUUACGAGAUGGACAUGGUCGUCGCGCAAGGUUGGAGAUUUCUGGACGUUCGAGUGCCGACAUUCGCGUCGUACGUUGUUGGUAACGGCAUCGAGUUUUGUCUCAACUUCCGAGUUGUGUUUUAUCUUCUAAUACCGGCGGUCUUCGCGAAGAUGGCCGCGAGAGACAACUGGCGCGGAACGUAUCGAACUCUGAUACCUCACUGCGUCACGCUAAGUUGGUGGCAAAUAGCGAUCUUCAGUUCUCAAAGCGCCACGUGGUACGGUUUAAUCAGAGGCGCACUUGCGCUCGUCGGUAUGGUUCUGUUUCUUCCAAUCGCGGGUAUAGCUUCGAUCAUUUUGCCGAUCGUAGCCGCCGCUAAAUUUUUGUCGGAGAACGACCUGGCGAUGAGGAUAACAAUUACCACUGCGCUCGGAGGAUUGCCAUUUGUGUUUUCGUGGUAUCUGAGAAGAACCAGAACGUCGAGGUUUAACUGGAUCAUUACACUCGUUCAAAUUGUUCUUGGUGUUGGCGCUGCAACUUUCUUAUCGUGGCCGAUGAUAAUGGAAUACAAGCAGGAGUCUGACGUGGCGUCGUACGAAAUCGCUUCCACCAUAACGUGGGAUCAGUAUCAAAACUAUUGCCAUCAACCAGCGUGGGAGGAAUUGUCGUCGAAGGCGCAAGUGCAGGUGGAGUGCGCACAAUUGGAAGGCAUAGCCGUUUCCUGGGAAGGCUACGUAACAAAUAUCAGAUUAAAAUCGGUAAAGAACAACAUCGCGGUCAUAGUAAAUAGGCUGCCUGACAAUAUCAGAACGUUAAUCAGCUGCAUGUACGGAGAAGCUUACGAGGAAAACUGUAAUACGGGCGACGAGAUUCGAAAGAAGAACUGCAAGCACAUAAAAAAUAUUCAGAAGAAAAAACACAAAUGUCACUUUCCAGCUUGGGAUCAGUACGAGUUCGAGAUUACCGUGAAGAUGAAAAACGGUAUAUGGGGAAGCACGACGGAGAUAUAUCUCGUUGCGGAUCAUUCUUUCACUAAUUUCAGUCUUAACAUAUAUCCGGGCGACAAGAUUUGGUUCUCCGGGACUCUGUUGAAUAACGGUUUGGAAAACGAAUCUCUUCUCGGUGGUGCUGAAUUACAUAUUGCUCUGGAAGAGGCGGGAUGUCUCGCUUGCAACUCCGUCGAUCUAAAAACGUCCUACAAACGUCACAGACAUCGUGUUACCGUAAGCUUUAUCAUCCAUCUUCUCUGGCUCAGCUUAAAGACUGUACUAAACUUUUUAUUCAAUCCGAUUGUGAUGUUCAAAUGAUCACGUUCCUGAAAUCACGUGACUGAAUGUCUUAGAUCUCUCUAGCUUCUCUCAAGCUUGAAACUACAAAUUAAAAAAACUAAUUUUUUAUGGCUCUAAGAUGUUUAAUCGAAUAAAAAGAAAAAGAAAGAAAAGCCAAUGAAAGCCAAACAUAAGAGGGUACAAUGCUAAUACACUAGAUAGAUGUUUCGAGUCCUCUUUCUUCAAGUUAUGUCAGAAAAGACAUUAAUUUAAAAUGACAGUAUCCACAAUUAUAAGGUGUUCGGUGAAUAAUAUCACUUCGUGUCGCGCGCCUAGCAACCGUGAGCGCGCGAAACGCCUGAAUCAUCUCGUGCAGGUGUGUUCUCAUCUGCGGAUCUUUAUAAAUUAAUUAACUCAUUAUUAAUUUUGCGAAACUUGCAAAAUGACAAAGUUUUCGACUCAAGUACAACUUCCUCUAUCUGCCAACAAGAAGUGAUGUGAUUAUUGCCGAACAACUUGUAUAUAAAACAGAUACUAGAAAACUAUUUUCUUACAGUUAUUAAGACCAACUAAUUAGAACAUUUGGCUUUCUUUGGUCUUCCUAUUCAUUCUUAUUUUUUAAACUUGAUUUGACAGACCGGAGUUAGUCAUUCCUUAACUUACAGUGUGUAGAUUUGAGACAUAAGAAAUCUAUUGUUUAGAAUAGAUGUGGCUCCGAGUCAUCAAAGGUGUCUGAAGACACUUCUUAAUGGAUUGGCCGGCGAGCCCAAAUAGGUGUCCGAAGAACGUGAAAGUCAGAUUUUAAUCAGAUUCAUCAGAAUUUGGAUUUUUUUUUUUCUGAUUAUCGAGUGCAAAGUAACUGAGCUUUGAAUUGCUCCAGUAAAUUUCAUGUACAUUUAUUCUUACUAAAAAAAAGAAAACAAAUUAUAUAAUAUUCAUAGAGAAUUUUAUGCGGUAUCGAAUUAAAUUAAAUUAUCUGAUUAAAAAUGUGUAUAUACAUACACUUUGUAGGAUAUAUCAGUUACCUGAAUAUAACAGCUUUUAGAAAGUAAAAUGUGUACAAUACUAACGAUCGUGUACAAGUCUAUAUACAUCGAUGUUAAGUGUUUUAGAUUUACGAAUAUAUUAAAUGAGCAUAUCUGUCUAUAGUGUCUAAGGACAGUUUCGUGUCGUUGUAUUACACAAAGGACAAUAGGAACCAAGUAGCGAAGAGAGAUAAAAAAACAAAAAAAAAAAAAAUUGGAUAUAUAGAUGUGCCUUGGUGUGCGUGUGUGCGUUUUUCUGUUCGAAUAAUUUUUAUCGUUAAUAAUAAAAAAAAAGUAAUCGAUCUGCUUCUUCCAAGCGAACGAAUGGAAUUUGAAUAUGUUGUAAGUCGCGAAUUCUGACGUGCAAAUGUAUAUUUUUCUCAUGAAAUAAUGUUGUAACAAAAAUACAGUGUCGGAAUUCACAAAAGUACCUCUUUACUCCAAUAUUAGUAUUUAAGUUCUCUAAUACCUCGUAUCUCUUCUUACGGAAAAGAAGUGAUAUUUUUUUAAUUAGUAUUUAUAGGAGUUGUAUAUAUUUAUAUAGACAUAUUUAUUUUAUGUA